AUGAGAUUUUCUACCAUGACAAAUCUCCAAAAUAUUUGUCACAAAAUCAAAGAUAUGUCAUCAGUUCGCAGAUGGAAGGAAGUGCUUUCUCAUUAUAAAGAGAUAAGGAAGGGUGAAUUACAAUUGAUAGAUCACACAAUCUACUCUCAUGUGCUCAAGGCUUGUUUAGCUUGCUCAUCUAGACUUGGGGAGUCCGUUCACGCUACAUUGAGUAAGCAGGGAUUUGACUCAUUCAGUUCAGUGGUAAAUUCAGUGAUGGACUUUUACGGAAAAUCUGGUGAAUUGAGCUCUGCAUAUCGUGUUUUUAGUUCCAUGAAGAAAAGAGAUUCUGUGUCAUGGAACAUAAUUCUCCAUGGGCAUCUGGAUCAAGGUUUUAUUGAAGGAGUUGAUUUGUUUAUUCAAGCUAGAGCAUUUGGAUUCGAACCCAAUAUCUCUACCUUGGUGCUCGUAGUUCAGGCAUAUCAAACCCUGCAAGCUUUUGAUGAUGGACAGAAAUUUCAUGGGUACUUGAUUCGGAGUGGUUUGUGGAGUCUAACUUCAGUUCAAAACUCUCUUUUGGGUAUGUAUGCAGCAAUUAGGAUGGACUAUGCAGAAACCCUUUUUGAUGAAAUGCAUGAGAAAGAUGUGAUAUCAUGGAGUGUGAUGAUCACAGGAUAUAUGCAUGUGGAUGAUAACAUAUUUGCUUUGUUGUCAUUUAAGAAGAUGAUUUCAGAGUUUGGGAUUGAACCGGAUGGACAAACCAUGGUAAGCGUGCUUAAAGGCUGCACUCAGUUAGGAGAGUUAAAAACCGGAAAAACAAUUCAUGGCUUUGUGGUCUCAAGGGGUUUGAAUUGUGAUUUAUUUGUAGGAAACACUAUAAUCGAUUUGUAUUGCAAGUGUGGAGAUGUAGACUCUGCGAUAGCAGCAUUUUGGGAGAUGCCUUAUAGGAAUAUAGUGUCAUGGAAUUCUCUUCUUUCCGGGCUUGUUCACGGUGAGAAGCAUGCUGAAUCAUUGAAAUUAUUUGCUUCGAUGGAAAAAUCAGGACUUGAGGCUGAUGAGGUGACUCUAGUGAACCUACUUCUAGUAUGUAAAGUCUUGGGGGAUUUGCAUCAGUGCAAGUUGAUCCAUUCUAGAAUAAUUCGGAGAGGUUUCUAUUCAAAUGAUAUGGCUCUGAAUUCUUUGAUUGAUACAUAUGCAAAAUGUAAUCAGAUUGAUCUUUCAUGGAGACUAUUCUGCCAAAUCAAAAAGCCGGAUGUUGUGACCUGGAGUACAAUGAUCUCAGCUUUCACUCGCUGUGGCUUGCCUGAUGAGGCAAUUUCUCUAUACCGACAGAUGAGGCUUUCACAAGAAAGGCCGAACCCUGUUACCCUACUAAACCUUCUUGAGGCGUGUGCACUUUCAGCUGAAAUUGGAAGAACAAAAUGUGCUCAUGGCAUUGCUAUUCGAAUGGGCUUGGCAUCACAUGUAGCAGUUGGGACAUCAGUUCUUGAUAUGUACUCAAAAUGUGGGGCAAUAGAAGCAUCGAGGAGGGCUUUUGACCAAAUCUCACUGAAAAAUGUAGUUUCCUGGAGUGCAAUUAUUGCGGCAUAUGGCUUAAAUGGACUCCCACAUGAUGCUGUGGCUUUGCUUUCUGAAAUGGAAGUCCACGGUGUAAAGCCUAAUUCAGUAACAAUCCUUGCAGUGUUAUCUGCUUGUUGCCAUGGGGGAUUGGUCGCUGAGGGACUAACUCUCUUCAAGGAUAUAAUGAACAAGCAUGGAGCUGAACUAAAGUUGGAGCAUUAUUCAUGCCUUGUGGACUUGCUUGCCAGAGCUGGAAAACUUGAGGAUGCAUUUCAACUGAUUAAAUCCAUUCCUGCUGCCAUGAAGCCUGGCGCCAGUGCUUGGGGUGCACUUUUGAGUGCCUGUAGGACCUAUGAGAAUAGAAAAAUCACGGAAGGUGCACUCCCUCAGAUCUUUGAAUUGGAGCCAUCAAAUUCGGCUGGUUAUUUACUUGCAUCUAACACGUUUGCUGCUGGAGGUUCAUGGACAGAUGCGUCUAGGAUCAGAUGUUUGAUGAAGGAGAGAGGUGUGAAAGUUGUGGCUGGUUACAGUAUGGUUCAUGUGGGUAGAAACGUACAUACUUUCACUGCCGGUAAUAAAUGUCAUUUGUUGUCUCAUGACUCAUAUGUUCGGUCUGGUUGUUGAGAAAUUGCAUUCAUGUAUGACAAUUGGUCCAAUAGCAAGAAUACAGGUUCCAGAGUAAGAAAGAUUUACAGUCUUGGAAAGCCGGCGUCUUUAUCUUUCUUUGU